AUGGGUGCCUACAAAUAUUUAGAAGAAUUAAACAGAAAGAAACAAUCUGAUGUCAUGAGAUUCUUAUACAGAGUCAGAUGUUGGGAAUUUAGACAAAAGAACGUUAUCCACAGAGCUUCAAGACCAUCAAGACCAGAAAAAGCUAGAAAAUUAGGUUACAAAGCUAAACAAGGAUUUGUUAUCUUCAGAAUCAGAGUUAGAAGAGGUAACAGAAAGAGACCAGUUCCAAAGGGUGCCACUUACGGUAAACCAACCAACGAAGGUGUUUCUCAAUUAAAAUACCAAAGAUCUAUCAGAACUAUUGCUGAAGACAGAGUUGGUAGAAAAGCUGCCAAUUUAAGAGUCUUAAACUCAUACUGGGUUAACCAAGAUUCUACUUACAAAUACUUCGAAGUUAUCUUAGUCGAUCCAUCUCACAAAGCUAUCAGAAGAGAUGCUAGAUACAACUGGAUUGUUAACCCAGUCCACAAACACAGAGAAGCUAGAGGUCUUACUUCAGCCGGUAAGAAAUCAAGAGGUAUCAACAAAGGUCACUUAUACAACCACACCAAAGCCGGUAAAUUCCACACUUGGAAAAAACACAACACUUUAUCUUUAUGGAGAUACAGAAAAUAA